AUGCCGCUGGACACUUUAUCAACUUACUCGCAGACCCUUCUCCGUCAAGAUGGUCGACGGUGGAACGAACUGCGGAGAAUUACUGCGUCAAUUUCCACUCAACCUGCCAGUGAUGGAAGCAGUCUACUCACAAUGGGAAAUACAAUGGUUGUCUGUACAGUGACAGGGCCAAGAGAAGGGUACUUUCUGAGAACUGCGCAAUCUGAUGUCAAUGCUAAACGGUUUCACAGUCGAGGGCGAGAUAAUCUCAAUGCAACAGUCGAGACUGAAAUCAAUCUCGCUCCAUUUGCGCAGAUGGAUCGAAGGAGGCGCAAUCGAAAUGACAAGCGCACCCAAGAACUCCAGACCACCAUUUCUCAAGCGUUCCAAAGCCACCUUUUUGCUCACCUCUAUCCGCGAUCGACCAUCUCAAUCUCUCUCCACGUUCUUAGUCUGGAUGGUGCUUUACUGGUGGCAUGUCUGAACGCAGCUAGCUUAGCACUGGUUGAUGCUGGUAUUCCAAUGCCUUCCAUCCUGGCUGCGAUCUCAGGUGGUACUAUUGCUCCUGCGGACGACUCCUCGGCCCGACCGGAACCUAUUCUGGACCUGAACCUCGCUGAAGAACAAGAGCUCCCAUUUCUCUCUCUCGCAACUGUCGCGGGAAACCAGGGUGAGGAAGACAAGGUUUCAGUUUUGAUCAUGGAGUCGAGAAUCUCGAUCGGCGGUUCAAACAAUAAGAUGGAAAGUAUGCUGGCGACUGGAGUUGAUGGUUGCAGCCAGGUCAGAAACAAGAUGGAAGACGUCAUCAGAAAACAUGGAACCAAGAUUAUGCAGUCUCGACGAUGA